GUCCACGUCGGGAAGACGUCUGUGCAGCCGCAUUAGCCGUCGGUAGAGCCUCAAAGCCGUUCCCCUGUGAUGAGCGGACAUCUGUCGCUGGGCCCGCAAGUGAAAUGGCGUCCACGACCAAGCAACAGAACUACCGACGGCUUAUGAAGGAGGCAAAGGUGAAGAGCAGCUCCCAGCCGAAAAAGAUCGACCAUCCUCUGGCCAGAUACAACGCCCUGGACCAGCUGAGUUGCAUCGUGUGUCAGCAGGCAAUAAAGAGCGAGCUGCUCUGGUCCACCCACCUCAAGAGUAGGCGACAUAAAGAGACAAUGACGGAACUAAAGAACAAAAAGGACGUUUUACUGCAGCAGCAGAAGACAGCUGUCAUCAUUGGCAGAGGAGAAAAAGGAGGAGGAGGUGGAGAGGAAGAGGAAGGACAAGCAGACGACCGAGCCACAGUAACUAAUCCUCCUACUCCUCCUCCUCUGGUGUCGGUUCUAAAAAAGACCAUGCGAGAGCCUUCUUCCCACAGUGACCCUGGGACCAGCAGCGACACGGAUGACCAACCGCCAGCUAAAAAACACAAGGUGACAUUCAGCGACGCUGUAGUUGUGGAGACAACAUCCGUGGAAAAGUCAAGCGUUGAUGUGGUCGCAGAGAAUUCGGCAGCAGCUGUGGAAAAUUCGAGUCUACCUGCAGAUUUUUUUGAUCCGGGGGUGUCAAAGAGGUUGGGUGAGGAUGGUGAUGAUAGUGACGGUGGGGAGGAUGGGAGAAGUGGGGGCACUGUGAAGAUGGACGCGAAUUCAAAACCACUCGGCAAAAGUAGUGCUGGUGAAACCAGUCAGCCUAACAGCAAAAGCAGUGAAAAUUUGCAAGAGACUGCAAUUCCUGAGGGAUUUUUUGACGACCCGAAAAUGGACGCCAAGGCCAGGAAGGUGGAAUACAAGGACAAGAUGGAGGAGGAAUGGGAACGAUUCCAGAAGACCAUCCAGAAAGAAAACGAUGUAUCAGAGGCCAUAAGGUUUGAAGACGAUGAGGAGACGCAAGAAGAAAGAGAUUUUUCGGAAAUUCAAGAACAAGUAGGGUGUUUUCAGAAGGCAGAGACACUGCGGUUGAAACAGGAAGAAAUACUUGAGAGGAAGCGUAAAGAUGGCACCAGUGGAGAGGUGUCUUCCGGAGAGGGAGAAAGAGGAAAGACGGCGGAGUUUUCUUCGAGGCUGGAGGUGGGGGAGAAGGGGGAAAGUGGUGACGAGGGGGGUUCCAGUGACGAUGAAUUGAUGGAUGAACUAGAGAUGGACUGGCGGGCAAAACACUCAUAGCGUGUAACUGCAUAUAAUUAUAGCAUUUUUUGCGCGCACUUGUGUGAAUAAACGCAGUCUCUUUUGAGUUUUGCGCAUGCGAUUCAGUGUUCUGUUGGCGCAUGCGCGCGCGUGAACCAGCCUAGCUAGCUCCCCGAGUUGCUGCGCUGCAGAGAGAUGGGUUCGAAGGUCUUGUUGUGGCUGAUGAGCGGCUCUCUGGUGGUUCUGGCGUGUCUACUGACCCGCGUCUCCCGCUACGGCCCGCCACACACCAACUACGAUGCCGCUGUAUAUUUCGACCACGCCCACCUGAGGACCCCCUCAUCAAAAGCCGACAUCGUUAGAAUUGUUCAGUCGGCUGCCGAGAGAGGUCAGAAGGUCAGGGUUGUUGGAUCGGGCCACUCGUGGUCGUCAGUGGCGGUGUCCGAGGAUAUUCUCUUAUCCCUAUGGAACUAUACUGGAGUUGUGGGGUUGGAUCGAGAUGAAAUGGAGGUGACAGUGAAGGCAGGGACGACACUGAAUCAGCUGAAUCGUUACCUUAACGACCGGGGGCUUGCCAUGAAGAAUCUCGGCUCCAUAUCAGAGCAGACGGUGGCUGGAGCCAUCUCGACAGGUACCCAUGGCAACGGAAUGGGGUUUGGGAACCUGGCGACCCUAGUGACUGGACUGGAGUUUGUCAGUGGAAAGGGAGAGCUGGUGUCAGCGAGGGUUGGGAGCAAUGUGAACAUGUUCAAAGCAGCUCAGGUCAGCGUGGGGAUGCUGGGUGUGAUAACAGAGGUAACGCUAUCCGUUGAGGAGAUAUAUCUCCUGAGAGAGGUGCUGACUCGGCACACCCUGGACGAGUGUCUCGGGCAAUUUGACGGGAUAAUGAGAGGAGGUGACCACGUCAAGAUGUGGGUGGAGCUGUUCUCGGAGACCUGUGGAGUGUUUGCGGCCAACAGGACGAGCGAGACUAGACCACGAGAUAAUCCCAACUGGACAGCCAAAAACAUUGAGGUGUUAGUAAUGGAGGCAAUUCUUCUCAUCAGCUCCUGGUUCCCUCCCUCCGUACCUCACGUCAUGCGCCUCAUCUUCCUCCCGUCCUCAGUCUUCUCGCCCUACGAUCGCGUCGACACCCCUCCCGCGGUCCUCGAGGUGCCUCACUCUCUACCUGUCCACUGGGAGGCGGAACUGGCGCUCCCGUUUGAAGGCUGCCCAGCUGCCAUUCGUGAGCUGAGACGAAUCGUGAUUGAACACCGCAUUCCUGCUAAUAUGCCCAUAGAGAUUCGACCGGUGAUGGGUGACGACAUAUGGCUGAGCCCGAACUACGGCCGUCUGUCCUGUCACGUCACUCUGACACUCUACAAUCCUUCACCUCGGGCGGCGCAUGACUAUUUCCAGAAAUUCUACGAUGCGACACGGACUACCCUGAAUCUCUCUCCUCGGCCUCACUGGGGAAAAUACGUGACAAACGCGACACGAAAAGACUUGUCGACCAUGUACCCGAAACUAGCCGACUUUGAAAAAAUCAGGUCUGAGAUGGACCCUCGUAACAUCUUUAUCAACGGUGCCCUUAGAGAUAAUUUUGGCUUCUGAUAAACCAGGAUUUGUAUAUAUACAUGUGAAUGCAAAUCUGAAUAUGUAUAAUAGGCUCAAGAUUUUAGUUUUGCUAAUAUCAAUUGAAUUCCACUAUUGACAAAAAGAGCUAAACAAAGUCAUGUAAACGGUGAUCUCUACGUAAAGCGGUGAAAGACUAGAUGAAUUGACUGCCCGGGGAAAGAAAACUAUUUUGUUUCAUACUUGAGAGCCGGUACUUUGUGUUUUUGAGUUUUUCGACAUUUCUUCCCCGACUUGUCCCUCUUGAUGGUCUCCGGCUCGUGGCGGUCCAGGAAUCUCAGAUAUAUCAAGUUGUAUUCUUCAGUCUUCAGAAAGUCGAAGAAUAUCUUGACGUUCCCGGCCUUGACUUUUUCAGCGAGAGAUGGGAGGAGAGGGUUGUCGCCCAAUCUGAAACUCCUCUGCUCGCCAAACACCUUGAGUCGACCUGUAGGACACAUUUGCUUGGCCUAUAGGACACAUUAUGAAUCUUGCUUGACCUAUAGGACACACUUAUAAAUCUUGCCUGACCUAUAGGACACACUUAUAAAUCUUGCUUGACUUAUAGGACAUGCCACGUA